AUGUUCAAAAUGAAGAUAAUUGAAACCCCGCACAGCAGUUACUACUCGUGCGCAGUGUCUGCCUAUUUCACAUCCCCAACCACCCGCUCAGUAGACACAACAAUCAUGCUCAACGGAACACCAACAACAACUCAAGCUCAGGCAUUUGGACCUCUUCCUCCUGAGCUGCUUCUCAACAUCUUGGAUCAGCUCGUGGAAACGUGUAACAAUCACCACCCUGUGGCACGCUCACGAUUCGACAAAAUUACCAAGACACUGCACUCUCUCACGCUAGUCUCGCGCAGUGUUCACCCGAUAGCUACUGAGUAUCUUUACUCAAAUUGCGUGUGGCUGGAUUGUCCAAGGGUCUUGGGCCGCUUUUGCACGACAUUAGGACUGGAUCAUCAGCAUCAAGCCACUGUACAAGAGACCAGAAGACCCCCCAAACCUACUUUCUCGCGAUACAUUAUGUCGAUGCACAUAUCACCCAUACCGACAAAAAACCCGUGGGGGGAUGAUUGGGCAUCCUCUAUCAGACUACCGGCAAUCAUCAACCUAUUCAACACUAUUGGGCCUAACUUGAAAAGACUUCAUCUCAACCUGAGUCGGUUCGGAUUCAAUUGGGAUGUUACAGAUAGCCAAGGUUCGGACAUCAUUGAUCCAAACGUUUACUCAAACAUGUUGCUUCUGGAGGAAUUAAUCCUCUCCUGCGACAUUGUUCGCCAUUUCCCCAACCCGCCACCGAAUAUUAAACGACUUGCCAUAACCUUCUAUCGUUCUUUGCCAUCACUCGAAUCAUUGGUGCUCUUGUGGCCAGAUGGAAGGAUAGACAAACAUAUUGACACCUUCUUCGAUUUGUACGAGGGGAAAAGUAUAGACAUCAUUCUUGUUGACAUGGUUACAUUUGAUAGAACACUGGUCGCGAUACGCGACCGAGAAUCAAAUGACACGGUGCGGAUAUGGGAAGCCUAUACGCCACCAGGUUUUGGAAAUACAUCCGACGAGUGGAUAUGGGAUCAAGGUGCUGCAGGCACACUAUGGGACCAGAAGCAGCGACGCAUUCCAUGGUUGUCAGAAAUCAAAGGACAUUAG